CGUGACGUCACUUGACAACACGACAAACUCAGGCUCACGUCGCCCCAAGCUCUGACAGAAAGACACCACGGCUCUAAUAUCUGUUAGCUACUCGUACUGCAAGAUUUGACAGUGAGGAUGGCUGGCGACAAGUACACAGUGCUGCUGCCCACCUACAACGAGAAGGACAACCUGCCGAUCAUUGUCUGGCUGCUCUGCAAAUACUUUGAUGAGAGUGGCUAUGUAUAUGAGAUUAUUGUCAUAGAUGAUGGUUCACCUGAUGGGACCCUGGAAGUGGCUAAGAAACUGCAAGACAUAUAUGGAGAGGAGAAAAUAGUUCUGCGACCAAGAGCAAAGAAGCUGGGCCUUGGCACAGCUUACAUCCAUGGCAUCAAGCAUGCAACGGGCAACUUUGUUUUCAUUAUGGAUGCAGACUUGUCCCACCAUCCCAAAUUCAUCCCAGAUUUCAUUAAGAAGCAGAAAGAAGGUGACUUUGAUGUUGUGAGUGGGACACGCUAUCGAGGUGAUGGAGGGGUUUAUGGCUGGGAUCUGAAGCGCAAAAUCAUUAGCCGAGGAGCCAACUAUGUUACACAGAUCUUGCUCAGACCUGGUGCCUCAGACCUCACUGGAUCCUUCAGGCUGUACCGCAAAGAGGUGCUCCAAAAGCUGGUAGAGUCGUGUGUCAGCAAGGGAUAUGUCUUCCAGAUGGAGAUGAUCAUCCGAGCUCGCCAGUUCAAUUACACCAUUGGCGAGGUUCCCAUCAGCUUUGUAGAUCGAGUAUAUGGAGAGAGCAAGCUUGGUGGUGCUGAGAUUGUGGGCUUUGUGAAGGGCCUUCUCUACCUCUUUGCCACAACUUAGGGAAGGCAAGACAAAUACUGCAGUCUUCCUUUUCACUUGAAUGAACAAUAGUGUGUUUGUCAUUAUUUAUUGGUCAAGCUGUUGAGUCUCUUAUACGUUAUCUUAUACAGCUUGUGGGCCAGUGCUAGGGGUGAUUAAUCUGGUGACUUAUUGAGAGGAGAAUGUAUUGUUAUUGCCAUUAUUUGCUUUGUAGCUUUGUAUUUGUUUAUCAUUAGUGUAAGUGGAAGUACCAAGGGCAGUACAGGCUCAACAUUCAUUUGAACAUCCAACCAAGUGUUAAUAUGUAUAUAUUGAUUAACUUUUGUCUUUAUAUACCUUCAAAUGAGCAGGCAGUGUGAAAACAAUAUACCUGCUUCAUGAGAGUGAGUAAUGUUCUUUGUAUGUGCUAUUUAUUCACUUACAGUAUGAGGAAGAAGGGUUGUUAUUGUCUUUUCUGUUGUAGUUGUGUGGAUUUUAUAUUUAUUGGUUGUUGGUUGCUUUGUGUUGUGAAUGAUUGGAAUGGGUGAUUUCUUCUGUAUGGUGAGACUUGCUUGCAUCAUCUACUUAAUGCAAAUCUUGGGUAUCAAUUUCUUUUAAUCUUCACCUUCACCCUGAGAAACCAAACCCUUUAUAUAUGACCAUUAAAGUGCCUUUGUGUGUGUGUAUGUAUGUGUGUGUGUGUGUGUGUGUGUGUGUGUGUGUGUGUGUGUGUGUGUACUGUCAAUAGCUAUUCAAGUGUUGAAUACCAUGUAAACCUGUCUGUAUUCACUUCCUCUUGGCCAUUGGAAGAAAGUGUUGGUUCUUUUUAUUGACUUUAACAUUGACCUUCAUGUUAUAUGUCAUUUUGUAGUAAAGUUCCAUGUAAAACUAGUGAUUUCUACCAUCUCGACAAACACAUAUCAUUGUGUUUACUGCUAAGUAGAUUUUCUUCAGUGUACUCUUAUGAUGUGUCAGGGAAUAGCAGAUUAUAUUAGAAUUGCAUAGAAAUGCAUACGUGACUGUGAUGCUGCAGGAUGUUGUGUAGGUCUGCAGUGCUGGUGUAUAAAGUGUUAUGUGCAGUUGUUAUAUAGUUGAUAUUCCUCAUUGUGAUACUGACAACACAAAUCUAAUAAUGUGCACAUUGAACACAUCAAUAUCAACUGUACAUUGAACAUACUGUUAUCUCUUUGUUGCCUGUAUUUGAAAUUUAGAAUUAUAGAACUUACUUUUUGUUAAGCAUGGGACAACACAAUAUAAUUGAUAUUGAACAUGCUUAGUGAACAAAGAAAUGAAUGUGAGAAUUUGCAAAGAUCUGAAAUGCAUCUGGAGCUGUGGGACAGACAAAGUGCUCUGUUCUCCAUUUUGACCAUGGCUAUCAUUUUGGGCUGAUAAGUGAGAUGAAGAGUGUCCUAUUUGUAGGUGCUCUGUCAUAUGACCCAAGCAAGUAAAAUUUUCCUUCUUCAAAAAAUAUUAUGUAUCAUUAUCAAUGUCAUUUAAGAAAGAUCAAUGAAAGUAUGACUUAUGUGGCAUCCUUGUGUGUAACAACUGUAUCCUUUCUCUUGGCUUUUGGUGAUGUGUGUAUGUGCUGGUUUAAGGUUCAUUACCACAAACUAUUGAGUGUCAGUAAAGUAAGGGAGUAUGUUGAAACAUUGAUAUAUCAAACUAAAGAUGCAAAUGUCAGAUAUCAUAAAUGAUAAACAUUUUGAACACUUCUUAUAUUUUAUGAACUCUUACGAGUUAUAAGAGGCAACCUGAGUUCACUAAAAGAUUAAAAUUGUCACUCUAAUGACCAUUGAAUAAAGGAAGUUUCCAGUUAUAACAAGUUAGCAUUCCCCAAACUUGAUAUGAUGUGAAGGGUUUUCAUCAAGAAUCUUAUUGCAGUCUGCCUUAGCAGCUGUAGGAAGGAUUUGUAUUCCACAUAAAAUCUGUUAAGUUUUAUAUGAUAUUUUUUGUACCAGUUUUGUAGCCAGAAAAUUGGAGAAUAAAUUAUUCUUAAUCAUGAA